CUGCGUUUAUUCAGGAUGCGCCCCAUUGUGCUAGAUCCCGUAUGCAACUUAGAGCAACAGUUCUUCCUUCCGGGCGAUUUGUGUUUCCCGGGAGUUUGGGCUUCUCUCCCAGUGCUCGCUGGGUACGUGCUGGCUCUCCAGGUCUCAGGAUCCCGCCCUCCAAGAAAAUCUUGCCAUGAUUGGAUAGGACCCCCAGACAAACAUUCAAACCUUCGACCUGUUGAAAAAGAAGAAUUUAUUCACUCACGACUAAAAGCUAAAGGCCUGGGACUGAGAACCGGCUCAGGUCAGAAAGCAACAUUAGAUGCAGAAGAAAUGGCUGACUUUUACAAGGAAUUUUUAAGUAAAAAUUUUCAGAAACACAUGUAUUAUAACAGAGACUGGUACAAGCGCAAUUUUGCCAUCACCUUCUUCAUGGGAAAAGUGGCCCUGGAGAGGCUUUGGAACAAGCUGAGGCCAAAGCCAAGGAAGACCAGCAUGUAGGACCCACCCUGCCCCACGCGCUGGUGUCCGAGUUCCCACGAGCAGCAGCGGCUUCGGGAGUUCAUUUUCCAAGGGCCCUAAAGAUGUAAGUGACCCAAGUCCCGCCCCUUACUCGGGGGGGCCCUUGUCUUAUGUCAGGACAGGGUGCACCGUGAGGACGGGGGUCCUGGUGACUCUCCCGCCUGUGGAUUCCAAGCCGGCCCUGGGUCACAGACGUGAUACUCAAUAAAACCCAAGCACUGUG